UUUCCGGUGUCAGUUUCGUCCCAUCAUCAACAAAUUAACUUUCACUGAUUUCUCUUCAAUAAGUUCUAAGGCUGGCAAGUUUACGAUUUGAAAUUUUUAGAAUACCGUGAAUGAUACAGUCAACAGAUAAUACAAAUCAGUUAAAGAAUGGGAUUAGCAGCAUCCCGCCAAGAAGCAUUCUGGGAGGCAUGUGGGUUUGGACAUAUCCUGCGAGUUAAGAAAUUUUUAGAAGCUGGAGACAUUGAUGUGAAUUGGGUAUCUUAUACACAUGACUGUUGCCCGAUACAUGUUGCUUCACAGGGUAAAACAGAGAUAGUAAGACUUUUGAUAGAGGCCAAAUGUAAUGUUAAUGUACAAGAUAUUAGAGGAAAUACACCACUCCAUCAUGCAGCUAUGAAGGGCCAUGGGGAUAUUAUAAAGAUAUUGGUGGAGGCUGGAGCUGAGGUCAAUGUACAAGAUAAGAAUGAUUGGACUGCAUUACACUGUGCUUGUUAUUGGAAUCAUAGUAAGGCUGUAAGAGUUCUACUCAAUCUUGGUGCAGAUAUCACAUUACAGAAUAAAGAUAAAAGAACAGCCCUUCUUGAAACAGCAAGGUCACAGGAAAAGGAUGAUGAGUCGUUAGGGGAGAUAACUCAUAUGCUAAUUGCAGCAGGAAGUGAUUUGAAUUGUAAAGGUUGUAGCGACCUUGGAGAUUUAGAGGCAGAUUUUACUGGUUUAAUGUAUGCAGCUUACCAUAAUCAUCCUGAUGUAGCCAGUGCACUUAUUGAAGGAGGCUGUCAGAUUAAUGCAUAUGGAUCUAAUUUAUGGACAGCCCUUCACUGGGCAGCAGAUAGGGGACAUGAAGAAAUGGUGUAUCUUCUACUAGGGUCAGGGGCUGACCCUACAAAAAGGGGACAGAGGAAUGAAUUAGCAGCUGAUCGAGCAGAAAGUCCUGAACUGAAAGAGAUGUUACAUAAUGCUGUUAAUAUGUUUAAUGAAUUAGCUACAUUGAAUCCAGGUUCUAAUGCAAAAAGUUCUAGUGAACAAAAACCAAAAUUAGAGACAGAAUCAAAUUAUCAUGAACAAUCACCUGUAAAAAAAGACAUUUUAAGCUCAGAAACUGUGAAACAAAAAGAUACAGAUGUAACGAACAAUAAAGAAAGCAUACAAGGUCAAGAUCCUGGAACAGAUAUCUGUGAUCAAGUAUCCAAUCUAAAUAUAGACUCUCAAGAAACUACUUCAAUUGAAACAGAAAGUAGAAAAUCUGUUGAAACAAACACUAUGUUAACUGAAGAAUCAAGUAACCUUGACCUUGCUCAAAAAACAGAAGAAAGUGAUCACAAGGAAAAAGAUAUUUCAGAGGACAAAAUAGGACAGACAGAAGUAUUAUCUACAUAAUAAACUGUCAGGAAAGAAUAUGUAUUAAAUGGUUGUAUAAUUUAAGUGAUGGAUUGUGUUCUAAAUAAUUAUCUUAAUGGAACCAGGAAGAAAAAUUUCACUUAAACACAUACAUGUGUUGAUGUGUUUCCCAUUAGAUCUGCUUUUCUUAUAUUUCAGGUCAUUUUCUAAACACUUACAAUGUAUGCACAUGAAACAAUAUUUUUUUAUCACUUUAAAGUCCAGUCCUUCACUCAGCUGUGACUAGUCCAAAUCUUAAGAUGCAAUGUUAUGUUUGUAUGUGAAACAUUUGAAUAAUAAUGUAGUUGAGAAUUUGGGGUGGGUUUUUUUUAAUUAAUUUUUCACAUUUGAAUUUUAAGGUUUUCUUGCAAUAGAAUACUCUUAACUUCUAUAACGCAGAGUCCAUCUAUUGUAGCUUCCUGUGCCUUUUGAUAUAAAAUGCAUGUGGUGAUAUUUUUUAUUUGUAUUUCAAUUAUACUUGCCAUAUUUAUAUGCUUCCACCAUACUUGUAUUUUAAAGAUGUAACCAUUAGAAUAAAUAUUAUUGAUGCACACUAAUCAGUGCCAUAGCAGAGGGGGGCAGGACUGUUUUCAUGACAUCGGGAUCAGGUGUUUUUAAGCUCGGAAUUUCGGGAUUGAUCCUUUUGUCAUUUGUUAGUGAUCCUGGAAUUCUUUUUUCAAAUUUCAGGAUGUUGGGAUUGAAAUUUCUCUAAAUUUGGGACCUCAGAAUUUCAUGUUUUUUAGCCUGGGAUUUUUGAACCCUUCCUAUCCCCCUCAUAGCAAGGAAAGUAAAACAACAAUUUAGUACAUUUGUUGUACUGUACUUUUAAUUAUACACCCACAAAAUGGAAACAUAACAAACAGAGAAGACUUUCUUUGUAUUUUAAGGUGGUACCUAACACUACAGGGAGAUAACUCUAAAAUCAGCCAAACGUUUUAUUAUGUUGUGUUGUUAUAAAUGUGAUUACUAAGCUUCUAAAUGAUCAAAAUUAAAGUUUGUCAAACUGCUAAAUGACCAGUGUAACUUUUAAAAUGGUUGGUUAAAUUUUUUGGGGGGAUUAGUAUUUUUUUGUCAAAGGGUCAAAGUAAAUACUUUGUCAAAAUUUUAUGAAAAUUAAACAAGCCAAAUAAAUUUUCGUGAAGGUGUUGGGUACCACCUUAAGUUUAUUAACUUUCUAUGUUAGUUAUCCCCCUCCCUUUACCACUUUAACUUCCUACCACUUUUCAAAGAUACACUGUGUUCUAAAAUAUAUGUUUAUUCCAUUUAGAAAAGAUUCUAUGCCGUAUAUAUUUCAAGAAGUAAAUAUUUACCCCCUUUAUCCCUCAACCCCUCUUCAAUACAUGUUGAAGGGUUUUUUUGCAUUUUAUGUAAGAAUUCUAUUGUUUUUGUUAUUUAAUUUUUUUCUAAUCCUUUUAUUAACAUUUGGACUCUAAAUGCUGUAGUUUUGUAUUUCAUUUCUACUCUUUGCAUUUAUUUAUUAUAUGCUAUGUACAUUAACUAGUAAUUUUAAUGCUCUUUUCAAAAAAGACCUUAGAUCUACUCCGAAUAACCUUUUGACGUCAAGCAAAUAAGGUCACUCCCUCAGGUCACUAUCAUUUUACAAUUGAAAAGUAUGGAACUUUAUUGUUAUCAUUUCUAUGGGGAAAUUAAAUGUCUGAGAACUAAAAUAUUACUUAUGUUUAUCAACUUCAUAGAAUGUAGUUCCUUCCCUAUAUUAGAAAGUUUAUAUAUUAUGUAUUUUGAGUGCAAUGAAUUAAAUUGAAUUUAGAAAUUUGUGCAAUGUUUUAUAUUAUAUUAUGUGACAAGAUUUGUUUUGUAUUUAUUAGAAUUCACAUAUUUUAUUGCUUUAUUUAUAUUGGGCAUUUCUUAAAAUUGCAUUAUUUAGUCAUAGAUUGAUAUAAAUUUGUUUUUCAUAGAUAAAUGUACUUUCAUUUUGUGCUUGUAACAAAUCCUGCAUGCAUUCUUAAAGAAGAUUUGUAUAUUUUUGCUGUCAUGGAUACCCAUUUAAUCUUUACCAAUACCAGUACUUGUUAUAUAAUUUGUGGCGUGCACGUUGAAUUAUACCUAUAAGUACCUAUAAGUAAAUAUUGACAAAAAUGCAUUUGUAAAGAGGGAUUGAACUUUAUUCAAAUUUGAUUAUCUCCCUUGUGCCAUUGUAAAUCUCAUUUAAUAAAGAUACCACAGUGUAUUCUGCAGCUAGAACUUUUUCUAUUAAAUAAUUACAUUUAAUACAUGUAUGUUUUAUUUUGAUUAGCCUACAGCAGACUGGCCUCAAUCUGAAAUAAACCUUCAUUUUAAAAUGAAAUGAAACAUUCAUGAUGUGCACAGGUAAACAAGUGAAAAUCUUGAUAGAAAUCUGUGUUUUCAUGAUCCCAGCAAAAAGAUGUAAUUAUAAGUAUUAAAAGUUUCUUUCUUUUUACCUUCGUAAAAGUUUUUGCAACCAAAAUAAUUUACAAGAAGAAACAUUCAAUUCUUAAAUAUUGUAACAAUGUCGAUUUCAUGUCACAAUACUCUUCGUCACAAUUUGGGGCUCUAUUUGGGACAGUUUCUAUUUUUGCUUUACAUUUUCCUACCUUUAGCUUUUUUUUUAAAAAGUCUAUUCAAAGCUGCAGUAUAAAAAUGAUAUGAGGUCAACUUCAGAAAAAUAUGGACCCUUUUGUAUUUGGCACACAUCUGUUGAAAAGCUACAUUUUUUAAUCCAUGUACCAAAAUUUUUAUAAAUUUUCUGAGUUUGACAUAAUUCUUAAUAAAUAAAUAUGUGAAAUAAAGUAUAAGUUAUCCUGCAAGUCUUGAAUGCUCUAGAAUGACAUAAGUCAUGAAUAAGGAUGAAUAUACAGCAGUCAUGAACAUCAUUAAUGAAU